AUGUCGACCGAGGAGUUUUAUGAGGAAGACCCAUACGGAUACGAGGAUGAUGAGGCUUCAAUCACGGCGGAAGAUUCCUGGACUGUGAUAUCUGCAUUUUUCCGUGAGAAGGGUCUAGUGUCACAGCAGCUGGACUCUUUCAACCAGUUCAUCAACUACACGAUCCAGGACUCAAUUGUGGAGGACUCGACGCUGAUUUUGGAACAGCUGGCGCAGCAUACAACGGAGGCUGACAACAUCAGCCGCAAGUAUGAAAUCAGCUUCGGCAAAAUCUAUCUGGCAAAGCCCUCGAUGACAGAGUCCGAUGGCGUCUCACACGCAAUGUACCCACAAGAGGCGCGUUUGCGUAACCUGACGUACGCGUCCGGUCUGUUCGUGGAGAUCCGCAAGCGGACCUAUGAAGCCGUGGACAUUCCUGGUCGUGACCUCAAAUAUGAGGUAAUUGACGAGGAGAGCGAGAUGUCGGAUGAAAGCAAGAUCUUCAUCGGACGUGUACCCAUCAUGCUGCGUUCCAAAUACUGCCUACUGGACGAGCUGACAGAGAGCGAUCUAUACAAGCUGAAAGAAUGCCCGUUUGACAUGGGUGGUUACUUCAUCAUCAACGGUUCCGAAAAGGUCCUGAUUGCUCAGGAACGUUCCGCAGGUAACAUCGUCCAGGUCUUUAAAAAGUCCGCGCCUUCGCCCAUUUCACAUAUCGCAGAGAUACGGUCCGCGCUGGAAAAAGGGUCGAGAUUCAUCAGUACGCUUCAAGUCAAGCUGUAUGGACGUGAGGGUAGCACUAACCGUACCAUCAAAGCCACUCUUCCCUACAUCAAGCAAGACAUUCCCAUCGUUAUCAUAUUCAGAGCCCUUGGCAUCAUUCCCGAUGGUGAAAUCCUAGAGCAUAUCUGUUACGACGUCAAUGACUGGCAAAUGCUAGAACUCCUGAAGCCGUGUGUUGAGGAGGGUUUUGUCAUUCAGGAUAGAGAAACCGCGUUAGACUUUAUUGGUCGUCGUGGUACCGCUUUGGGAAUCAAGAAAGAAAAGAGAAUUCAGUACGCUAAAGACAUUUUGCAAAAGGAGUUCCUGCCUCACAUUACUCAGCUCGAAGGUUUUGAAAGUAGAAAAGCAUUUUUCCUAGGUUACAUGAUCAACAGGUUGUUGCUGUGUGCCCUCGACCGUAAGGAUCAAGAUGACCGUGAUCAUUUUGGUAAGAAGAGAUUAGAUUUGGCUGGUCCACUAUUAGCGCAGCUUUUCAAGACCUUGUUCAGAAAACUUACGAGAGAUAUUCUUCGGUUUAUGCAAAGAUCGGUGGAAGAGGCCAAAGACUUCAAUUUGAAGUUGGCCGUCAAAGCAACUACUAUUACUGCUGGUUUGAAAUACGCAUUAGCCACCGGUAACUGGGGUGAACAAAAGAAGGCCAUGACCUCUAGAGCAGGUGUUUCUCAAGUUUUAAACAGAUACACUUAUUCUUCUACUCUGUCGCAUUUAAGAAGAACCAACACACCAAUCGGUCGUGAUGGUAAACUUGCCAAGCCUCGUCAAUUGCAUAACACACAUUGGGGUCUAGUGUGUCCCGCGGAAACACCAGAAGGUCAAGCAUGUGGUCUGGUGAAAAAUUUGUCGCUGAUGUCCUGCAUUUCUGUCGGCACAGAUCCAUUGCCAAUUAUAACCUUUUUGAAUGAGUGGGGUAUGGAACCGCUGGAGGAUUACGUUCCACAUCAAUCCCCUGACGCUACUAGAGUCUUUGUCAAUGGUGUGUGGCAUGGUAUCCACAGAAACCCAGCUAAGCUUGUUGACACAAUUAGAAAGCUGAGAAGAAAAGGUGAUGUUACUUCUGAAGUUUCCAUCGUCAGAGAUAUUCGUGAAAAGGAACUCAAAAUCUUUACAGACGCCGGUAGAGUUUACAGACCACUGUUUAUCGUUGAUGAAAAUGAGGAAACUGGAGUGAAAGAAUUGAAGCUGAGGAAAGGCCACAUCAGAAAACUGAUGAUGACUGAGUAUCAGGAUAUCGAGGGUGGCUUUGAAGAAGAAGACAUUAACUAUACGUGGUCCUCACUGUUGAAUGAAGGCUUGGUUGAGUACAUUGAUGCUGAAGAAGAAGAAACAAUUUUGAUUGCCAUGCAACACGAAGAUCUUGAUCCAACUAUUGAGGCGGCUGAUCCAGAGGAGGAACUUGAUCCUGCCAAACGUAUCAAGGCUAUUCAUCACUCAAGCACAUUCACGCAUUGUGAAAUUCACCCAUCGAUGAUUCUUGGUGUCGCUGCCUCUAUUAUUCCUUUCCCUGAUCACAACCAGUCUCCUCGUAACACAUACCAAUCUGCUAUGGGUAAACAAGCUAUGGGUGUAUUCUUGACCAAUUACAGUGUCCGUAUGGAUACUAUGGCAAAUAUUCUGUACUAUCCUCAGAAGCCCCUUGGUACAACUCGUUCAAUGGAGUACUUGAAGUUCAGAGAGCUGCCCGCCGGUCAGAAUGCGAUUGUCGCUAUUGCAUGUUAUUCUGGUUACAACCAGGAAGAUUCCAUGAUUAUGAAUCAAUCCUCGAUCGACAGAGGUCUCUUCCGGUCAUUGUUUUUCAGAUCUUACAUGGACCAAGAGAAACGUAUUGGUAUGUCCAUCACAGAAUCCUUUGAAAAGCCUCAGCGGACAAAUACCUUACGGAUGAAGCACGGAACUUAUGACAAGCUAGAUGAUGACGGGUUGAUUGCUCCUGGUGUUAGAGUAUCUGGUGAUGAUAUGAUUAUCGGUAAAACAACACCCAUUCCUCCCGAUGCCGAAGAGUUGGGUCAAAGAACUGCAUUCCACUCUAAACGUGACGCUUCAACACCUCUUAGAAGUACUGAAAACGGUAUUGUUGACCAGGUGUUGAUUACCACCAAUCAAGAAGGUUUGAAAUUCGUGAAAGUCAGAGUGAGAACAACUAAAGUUCCACAGAUUGGUGAUAAAUUCGCCUCUAGACACGGUCAAAAAGGUACCAUUGGUAUCACUUACCGUAGAGAAGAUAUGCCUUUCACUGCGGAAGGUGUUGUACCUGAUUUGAUCAUCAAUCCUCAUGCCAUUCCAUCGCGUAUGACAGUCGCACAUUUGAUUGAAUGUCUUCUGAGUAAGGUCGCGGCACUUUCAGGUAAUGAGGGUGACGCUUCUCCGUUCACUGACAUUACUGUGGAUGGUAUUUCUAGGUUACUGCGUGAGCACGGCUAUCAGUCUCGUGGCUUUGAAGUCAUGUACAAUGGUCAUACGGGUAAAAAGCUGAUGGCUCAAAUAUUCUUCGGGCCAACAUAUUACCAGCGUCUGAGACAUAUGGUGGAUGACAAGAUCCACGCAAGAGCACGUGGUCCGGUACAAGUCCUAACAAGACAGCCAGUCGAGGGUAGAUCAAGAGACGGUGGUUUGAGAUUUGGUGAAAUGGAGAGAGACUGUAUGAUUGCACAUGGUGCUGCCGCAUUUUUGAAAGAAAGACUUAUGGAAGCCUCUGACGCAUUUAGAGUUCACAUCUGUGGUGUUUGCGGUUUGAUGACUGUAGUUGCCAAGCUCAAACACAACCAAUUCGAAUGCCGCGGCUGCAAAAAUAAGAUUGACAUAUAUCAGAUCCACAUUCCUUACGCUGCUAAGCUUCUGUUCCAAGAGCUGAUGGCGAUGAACAUCGCGCCGCGUCUAUAUACUGAUCGCUCUAGGGAUUUCUAG